AUGCACCGGCCCUUAGCGGGCCCAACACCAGCUUUUUCGGCAUCUCGCGCGUGCGGACGCAAUUUGCUGGUGGUUCUAGCUCUCCUGUUGGGCGCUGCUGCCACGCUGGCGCAGACUCCGUCGUACUACUGCAAUACAUACACCGUGGGAACUGGCCAAUGCCCCAUUUGCGCGGCGGGUUCUUCGUGCUCGCAAAUAACAACUGCUGACAACUUCUACCGAAAUCCGUCCAUCUGUUCGUUGCCGUAUUAUGGAUCCUUGACGAGCAUCCCGGGAGCAAACCUCAUCCCCACCACUGCGAUCUGUAACGCCGCCAGUGGCAUCAACACGUACGACAUUCGUGGCGCCGCCGGCAGCAGCUACGCGAACACGGUCGUUGGUACGGCAUACGUCUUUGUCGGUUACAACGCCCGACUGUACGUCACACUUCAAUUCAAUUGCGACUUUAUGUUUAGCACAAAUCCCAACAUGCCCCAAAAACUUCGUCUCCAUCGCGGUCUUCAAUUCCAUGAGUGCGCUUUCGAGGCCGCAACGCUCAACUCUUGGAACUUUGUCGUACAAGGGCCGUACACAACGCCGGGAUGCAGCGUCGGACUUUCUGCGGGUGCUUCGUCACUGUUCAUCACCUAUGCCUUUUUGCCGGCAUCAGCGGCGGAUUUCAUCAACCGAAUUUUCCCGCCAUUUCCGGAACCGGCUUCCGUACAGCUCCGAUACCUCUUGGAUGAUAUUUUGGCCCUGCCGUGCGACUCGUUCGUGACGGCACAAGGCGUCGGCGUCCUUCGCCAGGUCCCGGAUAAGACGCUUGGCUUCCAGGACCCCCGUUGGUCCAUUUUGUACUGCCUACCGUCGCCGUCACCGCCGCCGUCACCGCCGCCGCCGCCGCGGCCGACAGCACCCCCGAAUCCCCCACCCAGCCCGUCGCCGCCGCCGCCACCUCUCCCGCCAUCCCCCCCGCCGCCGUCGCCGCCGCCACCCAGCCCGUCACCACCGCCGCCAAAUCCGCCGCCACCACCGGCCAUCAUGUUUUUUUGGCAACUUUUCUACCCCGCCCAGACCUCCCGACCGGGCGACUGUGCAGCCGUCAGCUUUAUGCUUCGCUACAGCUAUCGGCUGGCGGAUUUAGCGCCAGCUACAGCCGACCCAAACUGCACCGUCACCAGCACAAAGCUCGUCGCGACACUGGUUUUUUAUACAGUGGAUCGAGGCGCAAAGUCGAUGGUGGGUCUUUUCAACGAAGGCGCCAUCGGAGAGCUCGUGCUCCAGGCGUUGACCAAUGCCCACUGUACGGCACUGGUAGUUAUUACGGAUCAGUCCAGACCGCCUGGCGUCAACGUGACGUCAGGACCCAACUGCCAGCUCAACGACCCGCCAACCACCGGCGCUAAGAUUAUAAUCGUACUUGCUUCCUCAGCUCAAGCUCUGUUAUUUUACGACGCGUACGCUACAAGUACGCGUGCUGAUACGAUUGUACGAAUUUUAGCGUUGCCAUGCAACCGCUCAUCAGUCAUUUUUGCGGCGCCAGGUUUGACCGAACCCCGUGUCUUUGACCAGCGCAAUGUUCCCGCGCUUCAAUGCUCAACUACCACAACUACCAGCACAACUACCGGCCGCCGGGCGCUGCAGCAGUCGGCGCCCACGCCCUCCCCGUCGCCAUCGACCGCCGUUGUAACCGAUUCGGUUGUCGAGCGGUCUGUCGUACUCAGUGUCGACACGCUCAUGACCACGCCGCUGACGGUCAGCCAUUGUACGGCAUUGAUCACACUCGCGACGCUUGCAAUUCCCGCUGGCGUAACGCCCACUUCAGGCCCUACGUGUCAACUCAACAACCCUCCAACGACCGGCGCCAAAGUCAUUAUGGUCACAAGAACCAUGUUUGACGCGAUGGGUCUUUUCAAUUCGUACGCAACUGCUAACCGCGCCAAUACGAUUUCGAGAAUUCUAAGCUUGCCGUGCGAGCGCUCGUCUUUAAUCUUCGCUGCUCCAGGGCUAUCUGACCCGGUAGUCUUUGAUCAACUAAACGUGCCGGCGCUUUUAUGCAACAUCUCAAACGCCAUCACCAUCAGUGGCAGGCGUCGACGUACGGCGCAGGACAUGGCCGUACUUGAAGUACCACGACUGGACGAGCGUACAACGACUGAAGGUGCUGAUAACGGUCCCAAUGGUAACGGGAGAAGCAACGACGACGACGACGACGACGCAGCGGAGGGGCAGUACUGGUGGUUGAAUUCCUAUACUGGCGGCGGGCGGCCGCUGGCGCUGCCGCUGGCACUGACGGCGGCUGACGGCGGCGGCGUCGGCGGCGGGAUUGCUGCUUCGACGUUCCUUCCAGGCGGCGCCGCCGACCUCCUGCUGCAGCAGGCGGGGUCGGUGGCGGCGGCGGCGGCUGCAGCGGCGGACGAGGAAGGGGAAGGGAAAGGGAAAGGAGAGGAGGAGGCGGAUUAA